AUGGCUGCCGUCGCGCGCGACGGGCUUGCGAUGCCCCCAGCGGUUGUGCCCGCGGCGGAGGAGGAGAUGCGGUGGUGGAAGCUAGACAGUGGCGUGAGCGCAGUAUCGUUCGGGUUCGUGGCCACCGCCAUCCUCGUGUCCAUGUUCCUCGCCAUGGCCAUCCUCGAGCACUUCCUUUGCCCCCUGGCCCACACGCUCGGGCACGCGCCGCCCCGGGGGAUCCACCGCCGACUCCGCUUCUUCCUCGGCCGCGGCGGUGAGCGUGCCGCUGCCCCCAGCUCGGAUCUCGAGGCGGCGAGGAAGCUCCAAGGCCACACGCCCCUGGAGGUACGGCUAUGGCAUACUGUUCCCACACGCUCUCCUCGCCUCCCGCCCAUCUAUGGCGCCACACUUUAA